AAUAAUCUUAAUUAAUGUUCUCUAAAACUUUAAGGAACAUCUCUAAAAUCGUCUACAAUUGCUCUUAACAAUCCAAAGAUGUUUGGUCUGAUGCUGAAUUGUUGUACCAUCCAAAAAAUCCCCUAAAUUUCUAAAAUGGUAGAUCCUCUCUUUAUUAGAGUUAGAUUUUCAACAGAUUCAGAAAUUACUAUAUUUUGAUCUCUGCCUUAGGAGGGUUUCUCACCUAUUAUAGUGCUAAAAAGAUAUACAAUUACCAAGAUAGAGGAUAUCUGGGAAUUCUCUUCUAUUUGGGUCUCUUAGGCAUUACUGUUCGUUCGAUGAGAUCUGUAACCAGUCAGUAUCAAAGACUCCUGAUAUCAAUUGAUUUGUUGCCUUGUGGAAGGAAAGUAUUGAUUUAACACCCUAGUAUUUACGGGUUCUGCACUUCAAAAGAAGUUGACAUAGCUACUAUUUCAAGACCAAAGGAUGCUUACUAGAAAAGCAUACAGAAAAUGGAGCAUGUUUUUCCAGUGAUUAUGGACACACAACUAUUGUACUUACAUCGAGAUCCUGAUUUUAUAGUUAAUAAAGAAUUGCUGCCUGCAGUAAUGAAUGCGAAAUAUAUCAAAAUUGAUUGA